AUGACCGCGGAGGACUGCACCCCAAGCGUCUUCACCUAUACUUCCCUCAUGCGGGGCCACUUCGAGUCAGGGAACAUCCAACGAGCGCUCGCCACGUGGAAAGACAUGAUUCGCCAGGGUUGCGAGCCUAACGCUGUUAGUUACUGCACACUGAUCCACGGUCUCUGUGAGGGCGGGAGACUGGAUGAGGGUAUGAUGGCCUGGAGGAACAUGUUAGCUAAAGGGUGUUCCGCUGACGUGGUGGCUUACGGUGCGAUGAUCAGAGGGCUUUGCUUGGGCGGGCGAUUGGAUGAUGGUGUGAGACUGUUUAAUGAUAUGUUGGCCCGCGAGGAACCGGAACCGGACGCGGUCAUUUACAACAUACUAUUUGACGGGUUACUGAAAGACGGUAAAUUAACACAAGCGAUGGAUCUACUGAGAAGCAUGUUGAACAAAGGGUGUGAUCCAGAUGAAGUGACUUGCAAUACAUUUUUGAGGGAGUUUGGAGGGGAUGAUAAGAAGGUGAGGGAGUUCAUGGAAGGGUUGGUGGUGAGGUUGAGUAAGCGGGAAAGGGUCGAGGGGGCGGCCGGCAUCGUCGGAGUUAUGUUAGCGAAGAAUGUCGCGCCGGAGCCGGGGACUUGGGCUAUGGUCUUGGGAGGAGUUUGCAAUGGGAGGAGAGUGAGGAGACUGAUUGAUAAGUGUUGGAUUGAUAUUGUGGGAACUUGA